AUGUGUUGCCAGCAUCUUUCCCAGAAAGGUGCCAAGUACACUUGGCAUAGCGAGCUCGUAUCUUAUAACAUCAUAUCGGCAGAGCAGGGUCACUAUGAAAUAGUUGAGCAUCUCCUGGGGUAUGGCGCAGAUAACAAUGGCCCACCUGUCACGACGUCUGGCCGAACAGCUCUUCAGGCUGCGGUCAAUAAGGGUUAUCGUGAUAUCGAGCGCAUGCUUCUCUCCUAUCUUGUCGAAGGACAUGCUCAGCCGACUCCUUAUCUCAGCUAG